AUGUGUCAUCUUCCUAUUCGACCGUGCGUUUUAGGGUUGAAAAACCAGCGAUUCACGGAUCAUCGACAACGACAUGAAAUCAACUGUGGCGGUGGAUUGAUUGAUUACAAUCAUCGACUUUUCAGUAAAGCCGAUAACUUUGACGGCAACAGAUCAAUUCCGAUGAUGGGUUCGUCGUUGAGAGAAGACAGAAUCAGAGAGAUGUUGGAGAGAGAGAUUGAGUUUUUGCCCGGAACUGAUUAUCUCAAGAUAUUGCGUUCUGGAAUCUCUGGAUUGGAUUCUAAAGACAAGGCUUGGGCUGUUCAGUUGCUAGCUGUCUCUUACUUAUCAUUAGCUUCCAAAAUGGAAGAAACAGAUGUGCCUCAGUCUUGUAUUUUGAGCUUUUCGUAG